AAAAAGAAAGCCCGAAAGCAGCUUGCUUAUAUCAAUUUGUAUUGUACGACCGUCUGUACGACCGGAAGUAAUUACAGGCGGUGGACAAUCACUUAUGAUAAGUACUAAAGACUCUUUCGUUGAACGCUUCAUUCUACAAUGACCAUACAUCAACCCAGCAAGGCCGCAACAUUCCCAUCAGAAGUCUGGCAACUAAUUGCUCGGCACAUGAGCAUGGCCGAGUGGGCUCAGGUGUCUGGCACAUGCAAGACUACCUGGCACCUCCAGCUGGACGAGGUCCACCUGACCAUGCUGGAGCAGGCCGCAGGGGCGGCAUGGAUUGUGAAGAGGGGGCACAAGGCAGUCAGGCUGGAGCUGGGGCAGUUGGGGGACGGUGACCAGGUCAAUGCCGCCGCAGCCGCAGUUUUACAGGGAGACAACCGCUGGACCAAUCUCAAGGCGCUCAAAGUGGUCAGCACCGGAAGCUUCCCCAACGGCUCCAAGGUCAGCUUCCACAGCGCGGUGACCUGGCUCCUGGGCAACGCAAAGAAGCUGACAUUUCUCCGCAUUGAAUUGGAUCGGCUGCGCUUCAUGCCGCACCUGGUGCAGCUCAGGCACCUGCAGCUGACAGUGGCAGGGGGGAUCCACCAGCUGUCAGAGUCUUUGGGGAACCUGGUGAAUCUCCAGACGAUCUUCCUGGAGCAAGCUGUGGGGCUGGGAUCGGACGCGCGGCCGCACCUACCCCUCGCCGGCUGCCCCCACCUGCAGAGCAUCAUGAUGCGCGACGUAGUGCCGGCCUCUAUGAGCCUGCCACAUGGCGCAGCGCUGCAUCUGUUCUUCCAGAGCAUGGAGGACGCUCGGCAGGACGUCUGGCUGCCGCUGGCGCCCGCCAUGCAGUCCGUGUACAUAGUCGACGAAGAGGAUGGCGGCUGCAUUGCCCAGCCGUCGGACAUUCCAAGAUUCCUGACCGGCCUCAGGGGCGCCCACGAGGAGUGCAUCUGCGUGAUUUUGAAUCUGAAAAGCUGGGGGGCGCCUGACAACCACAUAGAGAUCUGUGGGGCGCUGCUGCAGUCGUUUCGGCUGGUGCUGCAGUGCACAGGGGACUUGUGCGCCCACGUGCCAGCCGGCAAAUGGCCCUGGCACGUUGCAAAAUUUGUGUGCGGGGGCACUCUCAACAUGACCUUUGACAGCGUGGGAGACUUUCUAGACUCCUGCGCAGCGUUUUCUUUUGCUUACAGGCACCUGCAGGGCCUGGAUAUGGUGAAACUCAUCCAGAGGAUUGGGGAGCGGGGCAUUGAAAUCGAGUCCGAGUAUUAUGAUGAUGAGGGGUGUGAGUUCCACAGUGUCAGCACGCCCUACCCGUUUAACAACUGCUUCGUGCACCACAGUGAUCCUGUCUGCGUGUGCCUGGCAUGCCCUUGGUGCAGCGACAAGGGCCUCUUGGGUCCUGAGUCGCGCUUUCCAAAGCGCGACUGGUGA